AUGUCCCUCUACGAUACAGUUGGACGGGUUCCUAAGCAUGCGUUCAUCAUUUCUCACGCUGUCCUUCUUGGUCUCAAUAUUAUCAUCAUUGCUGUCAGGUUCUGCAUCAAGCGAUUGAUCUCCGAGCGAUUCGCUGCCGAUGAUGUCUGCAUUCUUGUAUCUCUCAGCACAUUAAUCGCUUCUCUAGUCAUACUGUUUGCUAAAUUAAUUGACGACAUGUACUUUGCACAAGCACUACUGCUUCGAGAGCCAUGGCUUGUACUCCCACCGAACACUCUCCAGCGCGUAUUCUCUUUCCAGAGAUGGAAUGCGAUUAUGCUGGGCUUGACUUGGACAUCAGUCAUGUUUGUCAAAUUCAGUUUUCUUUGUUUAUUCCGGCGUCUUGUCGAUCGUCUAAGAUUUUGUAAAAUCUAUUGGUGGUGCGUUUCAUCGUUCUGUUUUGCGCUUCUUAUUGCUGGCGGUGCGCAAUACUACUAUACUUGCCCUUACUUCGGAGACUUCAGAGCGCGUAGCACCGUAUUUGAAAUCUUCAGUGAUGUCCUUAUACUCGCUAUCCCAGUGAAAUUGAUAUGGAAAGUUCGAAUCAAGUGGACCCAGAAAGUGGGACUAGGCUUAUCGUUAUGUCUUCUCAUAUUUGUAAUAAUUGCGACCAUCAUACGUGGUAGUGGACUGGAAGCAAAAGGUAUGAUUGAUAUCAUCUGGCAGACCUACUGGCUUUUGGUAUGCGCACAGAUUGGGCUUUUCAUGACCUCAGCGACCGCAUUCCGAACCUUCUUUGUUGCAGUCUCACAUCCUAAAGCAUUGAGAUGGCCAGGUCGCACUCGUACGACACAAGAUCGAUCGUCUAGCUGGGUAUCGAGAAUCGGCAGCCGGUCUACCUGGCGAUGGAAAUCUGAGCGUCUCACUCCCAAUACCACAAAGGACUAUGAGCUUCCUGCGAAACUGUCACGCGCUCGACUGAACAGCUCUAUCAAUAUUGCCAGAGGACAUAACUCGACAGUUAUCUACGCUGCAGGGCAGACCCAAGAUCAGUCGUGGGCGGAAGAACAAGGCCUGAAAUUAUCUCAAGGUUAUAGUUGCACGAAUAUCCCCUUGUUCCACCAUUCACAACAAUGCCAGUCUUUGGAAGACAUACCUGAGCUCGAAAGAACCAACUGGGUCUGA